GGCUGUCGCGAAGCACUGUGGGAACGCAUGGGGCGCGAUGGGAGAGCCUUUAAGUUCCGCUUCCGGGACCCGCCCCCGGCGCGCCCUGCUGGCGUAAAAGGUCCAGCCCCCUCACGCCUACAGCGACAAUGUGGCUGUGGCGGCAGGAGUGAAUAAAGUGCUAUCCACGGCCGGUGAGGUGCUGGCCAUGUUGGAUUUCUGACCAUCUGACCUGUCCACAAGAAGUAAGCUGGCAAGUGAUGAAACUGAGGAGCUGAUUGGCACCAUGAAAGUCUUUUGCGGGCGGGCCAAUCCUACCACCGGAUCUGUGGAGUGGCUGGAGGAGGAUGAGAACUAUGAUUACCACCAAGAGAUUGCCAGAUCUUCUUAUGCUGAUAUGCUGCAUGACAAAGACAGAAAUAUAAAAUACUACCAGGGUAUCCGGGCUGCUGUGAGCAGGGUGAAGGACAGAGGGCAGAAGGCCUUGGUUCUCGACAUUGGCACCGGCACAGGACUCUUGUCAAUGAUGGCGGUCACAGCAGGUGCUGACUUCUGCUAUGCCAUCGAGGUUUUCAAGCCUAUGGCUGAUGCGGCUGUGAAGAUUGUGGAGAAAAAUGGCUUCAGUGAUAAGAUUAAGGUUAUCAACAAACAUUCCACAGAGGUGACUGUGGGACCAGGUGGUGACAUGCCAUGCCGUGCCAACAUCCUGGUCACGGAGCUCUUUGACACGGAACUGAUUGGGGAGGGAGCGCUGCCCUCCUAUGAGCAUGCACACAGGCAUCUCGUGCAGGAAAAUUGUGAGGCAGUGCCUCACAGAGCAACCGUCUAUGCGCAACUGGUGGAGUCCAGAAGGAUGUGGUCAUGGAACAAGCUCUUUCCCAUUCGUAUUCAGACCAGCCUUGGAGAGCAGGUCAUCGUCCCCCCCUCGGAACUGGACAAGUGCCCUGGUGCACCCUCUGUCUAUGACAUUCAGCUGAACCAGGUGUCACCCACCGACUUCACCGUCCUCAGUGAUGUGCUGCCUAUGUUCAGUGUGGACUUCAGCAAGCAAGUCAGUAGCUCAGCAGCCUGCCACAGCAGGUGGUUCGAACCUCUGGCAUCUGGCCAAGCUCAAGUAGUUCUUUCCUGGUGGGACAUUGAAAUGGACCCCGAGGGGAAGAUCAAGUGCACCAUGGCCCCGUUCUGGGCACACUCAGAUCCACAAGAGCUCCAGUGGCGGGACCACUGGAUGCAGUGUGUGUACUUCCUGCCACAAGAGGAGCCUGUGGUCCAGGGCUCGGCCCUCUGCCUGGUAGCCCAGCACGAUGACUACUGUGUGUGGUACAGCCUUCAGAGGACAAGUCCUGAAAAGAAUGGCAGAGUCCACCCAGCGCGUCCCGUGUGCGACUGCCAGGCUCACCUGCUCUGGAACCGGCCUCGGUUUGGAGAAAUCAAUGAUCAGGACAGAACUGAUCAGUAUGUCCAGGCCCUGAGGACAGUGCUGAAGCCAGACAGUGUCUGCCUGUGUGUCAGCGAUGGCAGCCUGCUCUCCGUGCUGGCCCAUUACCUUGGGGCAGAGCAGGUAUUUACAAUAGAGAGCUCAGCAGCUUCUCAUAGACUGAUGAAAAAAAUCUUUAAGGCUAACGACUUGGAAGAUAAAAUUAAUAUAAUAGAGAAACGGCCUGAAUUAUUAACAUCUGCAGACUUGGAGGGUAAAAAGGUCUCUGUCCUCCUGGGUGAGCCGUUUUUCACCACCAGCCUGUUGCCAUGGCACAACCUGUACUUCUGGUAUGUGCGGACUGCCGUGGACCAGCACCUGGAGCCUGGGGCCGCGGUGAUGCCACAGGCUGCCUCGCUGCACGCUGUGGUUGUGGAGUUCAGGGACCUGUGGCGGAUCCGGAGCCCCUGUGGCGACUGUGAAGGCUUCGACGUGCACGCCAUGGACGACAUGAUUCAGCGUGCCCUGGACUUCAGGGAAAGCAAGGAGGCUGAGCCCCACCCGCUGUGGGAGUACCCCUGCCGCAGCCUCUCCGAGCCCCAGCACCUCCUGACCUUUGAUUUUCAGCAGCCAGUCCCUUCACAGCCUCUCCGCGCUGAGGGUGCCAUCGAGCUGAGGAGGCCUGGGAGGAGCCAUGGGGCUGUCCUGUGGAUGGAGUACCGCCUGACCCCGGCCAGCACGGUCAGCACCGGCCUCCUGAAGCCUGUGGGGGACCAGGGCGACUGCUGCUGGAACCCACACUGCAGGCAGGCCGUGUACUUCUUCCCUGCGACGCGGGCCCCCGGAGCACCCCCCGGCGGCCCUCGGACCGUCAGCUAUGUUGUGGAGUUCCACCCCCGCACUGGAGAUGUCACCAUGGAUUUCAUACCCUCAGAUACCCUGGAUGGUGGGCGCUGACCCUCACUUGUUAAGAAAUAAAGUGGCUCA